CAGUAGUAGAAUACAGAGUCCAUUCUCCUACAGUCUCUGGUCUGUUCUCAGCAGAAGACCGGCCUUGUCUCAUUAUUAUUCCCUCGUGCUCCUCAGACUGUGUGACAACCCUCUGCUGGAGUCUGGAGCUCGUACCCUGCUGGAGGCUCUACCUGAGAACCGGUCCCUGACCCACCUGUCCCUGAUGCACACGGGUCUGGGGGACCAGGGGGUCCUGGAGCUGGCCGAGAGGCUCCAGCAGCACACGGGGCUCCUGGAGCUCAACGUGGCCUACAACAACAUCGGGGACAACGCCGCGCUGGCUUUAGUGGACGCCUGCAGGGAGCACGCCGGCAUCCACACCGUGCACUUGUAUCUGAACCCUCUCAGCGAUGUGGGGAAGCAGUCCCUGUAUGUCCGAGGUGUUCCCAAGAGCCAAGGAGGCCGGCGGGUCAAGGUCCUGGUUUCAGUCACCGAGGGCUCCGACAUCUCGGAGGACUGGCACCCAAUCCUCAGCGUGAUCCGGAAGAACACCUCGUCCUGGGACCGAGAACGUAUCAUACAGCAGCUGAAGGUGUUCCUCAGGGACCUGGAUUGGGGCCGUCAGCAGCAGCAGAGCAUCUGGAAGAGGUUUCACUUCCGACGGGUGGAGAAAGGAGUCCGACAGACGCUGAGGAUGCUGGAGAAGGAUUCUCUGCCUCCAUCGUCAGGAUACGGCAAAUAACCACAGAGAGGUCAGGUCUGAACUGGAGGUCCAGGAGAGACGUCUUUAUUAAUGUAAAGAGACGACUUCAGUCUACAAAUAUUCACAAAGAGAUGCCCUGACUUUGAUUUAGCACUUCCUCAACUCAGAGAUGUUUAAACCUCAACAGAGAGCUCUUCAAAUAUGCAUUUCAGUUCUUCUCUUGUGACACUCUGGAACAAAAAUAUGAUGAGAGUAUAAAAUGUUAUGUUACGAUUUUAUUCUAAUCUGUCUCAGAACAAAUACAAGUAUUAUUUAAUAUAUGACAAAGAAAAACGCGGUAAUGCAAUAAAUAAAUGUUCCUCUGAAAACUCCUUUUUAAGAUAUUACAAUAAUAUUACACAGGGCUUGAAAUGAUAAAUAAUUGAGUUCCAAAUACAAACGUAACUGUAAAAUCUGCAUGUUCUAUUUAUGAGUCAAAUUAAAGUAUUGCACUUCCGUUAAACUGUCAUGAGACAGAUUUAAAAACAGAUCCCAGUGUUCCCCUAAAGCCUGAACUGUUAAUAUGAAUGGUAAAGCACUUUACUGCCACAUAUCACGUGUGAUCAAGUGUGGGUUUAUAUUUGUUUAUUUUUUUACUCCCAGAUUUAAACGUCUUCCAGGUUUUUCCCUCACAAGAUGAGAGGUAGUUAUUAAAUAAUCUAUUUACUCGUUUUGGUCCACAAAGCUUCAAUAACUAA